AUGGCCCUUUUCCAUGUUCUUUGUGGCAGCUUCGGCAUGCUGGUGCUGGUGGUCAUCACAGUGCGCAAGCCCAUCUACGUGACAAAGGACUGCCAGAUCAACCUCAAAAACUGGGUGGCUCCCUUAGUAUCAUCAAACUCCGUAGCAGCUUUCAAGGACCCUCACCUAGUCGCCCCAGACGACCUGCUACUGCGUCUGGCCCACCUUGCCCUCGCCUGCACGGCCAUGCCCACCGCGUCGCGCCCCACCAUGGCGCAGGUAGUGGGGCAGCUGCAGGCGAUGGAGCAGCAGGUGGCGGGGCGGGAGGUGGACCGGGCUGCUGUGCGCAUCGACAGGGAGAUAGAGGGCGUUGCUGGCGCUGCUGACUUUGAUGCGGAGCUUGCACGGGCGAUGCACGUGGGUGGCGGCGGUGGUGGUGCCAGCAGCUCGUGA